AUGGGUAUCGAAGACUUCAAAGACGGGCUACCCGAAUCUGCCUACACCCAUGACCAGAUUUCGAGAUGGCUGGAGCGCAUUCAAUUGCCUGCAUUUUAUCCUCAAUCCCCGCAAGAGUUCCCAAAGACCGAGGAGUCUCUGCGCACCUUAAUGAGAUGCCAAAUCACUACGUUUCCGUAUGAAAAUCUAUCAGUUCACUACUCUGACACUCAUUUGGUCGACAUCAACCCGGAGUCUAUCUAUCGCAAGCUCCUGGGACCCGAGAAUGGUGGCAGAGGCGGAUAUUGUAUGGAAUUGAGCAUCUUUUUCUACCACAUGCUCCGCGGCCUCGGCUUCCACGUGUAUAUGACCGGGAUUAGAAAUCGUACACGAACAAAUGGCGUGCCUGGGGGGGAGUACCAAGGAUGGACGCACAUCAACAACAUAGUACACCUUCCAUCAGGUGACAAGCUCUCGGUUGAUGUAGCUUUUGGAGGCGAUGGGCCCAUCAAUCCGCUGCCGAUGGUAGAGACUGGAAACCCUGUUCAGAAUCUGGGUGCCCAGCAAGUCCGACUUGUGCAUGAGACGAUUCCGAAGCAGGGACUGAGAUCCCCAUUAUGGAUAUACCAAUAUCGAAACAGUGCCCAUCUUGAUUGGAAUUCUUUCUACAGCUUUGCCGAGAUUGAGUUCUUCCAGGAGGAUUUCGAAGUCAUGAAUUGGUUUGCAGGUGCCAAAACACUGCAUAGAUGGAAUGUCCUUGUCGUCCGCUUUCUCAGAGAAGGAGAAGACGUGCUGUUUGAUGACAAGUUUAAGCCAAGGCGUGAUAUCGACCAGGUCAAAGUUGUUGGAAAGGUUAUGCUUGUCAGCGAUGUAAUCAAAGUGAAUCUUGGGGGAAAGACAAACAUUGUCCACACUAUGCAGACAGAGACGGAGCGCGUCAAAGCACUACGCGAUUAUUUUGGCAUUCAGCUAAGGAAGGACGAGGUGGAGAGUAUUCGAGGUUGGGACAUGGCGCUCAAGUAA